AUGUUGCCCGGUAGAACUAUAGCCGGUCCCAGCCAGUCCCAGCCUCUCAUCGCAUCCUUCUCCCACAUCCAUGACCCACUCACCAGCCUCGAUGAACCCUGUAUCUUCGAACAUUCUUCUCAGCAAAGCAAUGCCAGCAUCGAUUCAGCAAAAGCGGAUAAAAAUGCCUUGAAAAAGGCCGGUCGCAAGCAGUUUCACGGGGCCAUGAAUUCACUCGCUCGCUCGGAGAAAGGCUCGAUUGCACGCCCCCACGAACGACCAUAG